AUGGCUUCCCCGCGGAGCUCCGGGCUGCCCGGGCCGCCGCCGCCGCCGCCGCCGCCGCCGCCCGCGCGCCUGCUGCUGCUCCUGCUGCUGCCGCUGCUUCUGGCGCUGGCACCCGGGGCCUGGGGCUGGGCGCGGGGCGCCCCUCGGCCGCCGCCCAGCAGCCCGCCGCUCUCCAUCAUGGGCCUCAUGCCGCUCACCAAGGAGGUGGCCAAGGGCAGCAUCGGGCGCGGCGUGCUGCCCGCCGUGGAACUGGCCAUCGAGCAGAUUCGCAACGAGUCACUCCUGCGCCCCUACUUCCUCGACCUGCGGCUCUACGACACCGAGUGUGACAACGCGAAAGGUUUGAAAGCCUUCUAUGACGCAAUAAAAUACGGGCCCAACCACCUGAUGGUGUUCGGAGGCGUCUGUCCGUCCGUCACGUCCAUCAUCGCAGAGUCCCUCCAAGGCUGGAACCUGGUGCAGCUGUCCUUUGCUGCCACCACGCCCGUCCUGGCCGAUAAGAAGAAAUACCCUUACUUCUUCCGCACGGUGCCGUCGGACAACGCGGUGAAUCCGGCCAUCCUGAAGCUGCUGAAGCACUACCGCUGGCGACGCGUGGGCACGCUCACCCAGGACGUGCAGAGGUUCUCCGAGGUGAGGAAUGACCUAACCGGGGUGCUGUAUGGCGAGGACAUCGAGAUCUCAGACACCGAGAGCUUCUCCAACGACCCCUGCACCAGCGUCAAGAAACUUAAGGGCAACGACGUGCGGAUCAUCCUGGGCCAGUUCGACCAGAACAUGGCGGCCAAAGUGUUCUGCUGUGCCUAUGAGGAAAACAUGUAUGGCAGUAAAUACCAGUGGAUCAUCCCGGGCUGGUACGAGCCCUCCUGGUGGGAGCAGGUGCACACGGAAGCCAACUCGUCCCGCUGUCUCCGGAAGCAUCUGCUGGCGGCCAUGGAAGGCUACAUCGGCGUGGACUUUGAGCCCUUGAGCUCCAAGCAGAUCAAGACCAUCUCAGGAAAGACUCCGCAGCAGUAUGAGAGGGAGUACAACAGUAAGCGGUCCGGCGUGGGGCCCAGCAAGUUCCACGGGUACGCCUACGACGGCAUCUGGGUCAUUGCCAAGACACUGCAGAGGGCCAUGGAGACCCUGCACGCCAGCAAGCAGCACCAGCGCAUCCAGAACUUCAACUACACAGACCACACGAUCGGCAGGAUCAUCCUCAACGCCAUGAAUGAGACCAACUUCUUCGGGGUCACGGGUCAAGUGGUGUUCCGGAAUGGGGAGAGAAUGGGGACCAUUAAGUUUACUCAAUUUCAAGACAGCAGGGAGGUGAAGGUGGGAGAGUACAACGCGGUGGCUGACACGCUGGAGAUCAUCAAUGACACCAUCAGAUUCCAAGGAUCCGAACCCCCAAAAGACAAGACCAUCAUCCUGGAGCAGCUGCGCCAGAUCUCCCUACCUCUCUACAGCAUCCUGUCCGCCCUCACCAUCCUGGGAAUGGUCAUGGCCAGCGCUUUUCUCUUCUUCAACAUCAAGAACCGGAAUCAGAAGCUGAUAAAGAUGUCCAGUCCCUACAUGAACAACCUGAUCAUCCUUGGGGGAAUGCUGUCCUAUGCAUCCAUAUUUCUGUUUGGCCUCGAUGGAUCCUUUGUCUCGGAAAAGACCUUCGAGACGCUGUGCACUGUCAGGACCUGGAUUCUCACCGUGGGCUACACAACCGCCUUCGGAGCCAUGUUUGCCAAGACGUGGAGGGUGCACGCCAUCUUCAAAAACGUGAAGAUGAAGAAGAAGAUCAUCAAGGACCAGAAGCUGCUGGUGAUCGUGGGGGGCAUGCUGCUGAUCGACCUGUGCAUCCUGAUCUGCUGGCAGGCUGUGGACCCCCUGCGGAGGACGGUGGAGCGGUACAGCAUGGAGCCGGACCCAGCAGGACGGGACAUCUCCGUCCGCCCGCUCCUGGAGCACUGUGAAAACACCCACAUGACCAUCUGGCUCGGCAUCGUCUACGCCUACAAGGGGCUUCUCAUGCUGUUCGGCUGUUUCUUGGCCUGGGAGACCCGCAACGUGAGCAUCCCGGCGCUCAACGACAGCAAGUACAUCGGCAUGAGCGUCUACAACGUGGGCAUCAUGUGCAUCAUCGGGGCGGCCGUCUCCUUCCUGACCCGGGACCAGCCCAACGUGCAGUUCUGCAUCGUGGCCCUGGUCAUCAUCUUCUGCAGCACCAUCACCCUCUGCCUGGUGUUUGUGCCCAAGCUCAUCACGCUGAGAACAAACCCAGACGCCGCGACGCAGAACAGGCGGUUCCAGUUCACGCAGAACCAGAAGAAAGAGGACUCAAAGACGUCCACGUCGGUCACCAGCGUGAACCAGGCGAGCACCUCCCGCCUGGAGGGCCUGCAGUCGGAAAACCACCGCCUGCGCAUGAAGAUCACAGAGCUGGAUAAAGACUUGGAAGAGGUCACCAUGCAGCUGCAGGACACCCCAGAGAAGACCACCUACAUUAAACAGAACCACUACCAAGAGCUCAAUGACAUCCUCAGCCUCGGGAACUUCACCGAGAGCACAGAUGGGGGAAAGGCCGUUUUAAAGAAUCACCUUGAUCAAAAUCCCCAGCUACAGUGGAACACAACAGAGCCCUCUCGGACAUGCAAAGAUCCCAUAGAAGAUAUAAACUCCCCAGAACACAUCCAGCGCCGGCUGUCCCUCCAGCUCCCCAUCCUCCACCACGCCUACCUCCCGUCCAUCGGAGGCGUGGACGCCAGCUGCGUCAGCCCCUGCGUCAGCCCCACCGCCAGCCCCCGCCACAGACACGUGCCCCCCUCCUUCCGAGUCAUGGUCUCGGGCCUGUAA